CCUCAAACAAAAUUUAUCAAAAUUCCAAUCGCGAAAAGCCCAAAUGAAGAUGAAGAUAACGAAAAUGAAAAGGGGCCUUUGACACGUUGGCAAUUCCAAGAGAUGACACCAAACUUCACUGUAUCCUGCUGCUGCUUGCUUUCUCCCUCUUCUCCUCUUCUUCACUGCGCUGCUUAACUUUUUAUCUGAGAAACCUGAGGAGCCAUUUCAAUUUCUCUUUGGACAAAAUUCCAUUUUUAUAUGUCAUCGUGGUGGCGCUUGAGGUUGCUGUUGCUGGGAAAUAGAUUGUGCAGCUGAGCUCGUGAAGAAAUGUUUGGCCUGCCUAUUUUCGGAUGAGAUUAUUAUGGAUAUGGUUAGCAAAACCCGGAAUAUGUGGGAAGAUCUGGUUAAGGACACCUCAGUCAAGUGGUUGACUAAGAGGCGAAGUGGAUUCGAAGAGGAGAUUGAGGAUAUCAGAGAUUCUCCAUCCAACUGGAUAUCCGACCUCUCUCCUGUAGCAAACGUGGUGGUCCGCAGAUGCUCAAAAAUUCUUGGCCUUUCCAUGAGCCAAGUUCGAGAAAAUUUUGAUGCAAAAGCUCCAGAUUCUAUAAAGAAUAAAUCAAACUUUGCACGGAUUUUUUUGGAAUAUUGUUGCUUCAUGGCUCUUGCUCGGACAAUACAAGUAGAUGGUUAUCUGGAUGACAGCAACUUCCGACGUCUUACAUUUGACAUGAUGGUCGCCUGGGAGUUUCCUGCAGCUACCAGUGAACCAGUUAUCCAUGUGCUUGCAGCUUCGUCGGGUGAUCGGCUUCAUUUCUCGGUCUAUGAUAAGUACCUCAUUCGCUUGGGAAGGGGAAUUAGAAAGUUGCAGUCCCAAUCAGAAUCUUCUCUCCUUUCUUCUUUACGGUCUGGAAGAAGUGAAAAAAUCCUGGAAGUGGAUGGAACUGUCACUACUCAGCCCGUUCUUGAACACGUGGGUGUUUCCACAUGGCCUGGAAGGUUAACUCUGACUGACCAUGCUCUGAUAUUUGAAGCUCUUCGAGUAGUCUCUUAUGAUAAACCUAAGAUAUAUGAUCUCGCUGAUGAUUUACAGCAAGUUGUUAGACCUGAACUCACAGGACCAUGGGGGACCAGACUUUUUGACAAGGCUGUCUUCUAUAAGUCAGUUACACUGUGAGUCUAAUGAACUCGAAAGAAGAUCAUAACAACACACAAAAAUACCAAUAAAAACAUACACAACAAUAAACACCGUGUUUCUUUCAUUUUAGAGACAGUUGCUUAUGCCCAUCUAUAUUUAUAAAAUCAUAAAUACACUCUGAAAUGUUUGUUUUACAAAUUGAAUCUUCUGGAAAAGGCUAUUUAUGUAAUUAGGCUAAAACACCAGUCUUGUCUCUUUAUAUUGAGGGCUGUAGUUCGGAACCUGUUGUCAUGGAGUUUCCAGAGUUGAAAGGUCAUACACGCCGUGACUAUUGGUUGGCUAUUAUCCGUGAAGUUCUAUACGCCCAUAGAUUUAUGUUGAAGUUUCGGAUCAAUGGUCGUGAUAGACAUGAAGUUCUACUGAAAGCCAUAUUUGGGAUAGUGCGGCUGCAAGCCCUCAAAGAAUUGAGUUCUACAGUACCUCUGUGCUGUGAGGCUCUCCUUAUGUUUAAUCUUUGUGACCAGCUUCCACGUGGAGACCUGAUUCUUUUAGAACUUUCCAAAAUCUUAACCACUAGAGAUAUGGAUCGAAAAAUUGCUGUUAAAUCUGGAACUGGGAUGUAUUCAAUAUCUGCCUCGUCUCUGGCUUCUAAUUUGGGAUUCAUCAUGGGGACAAAUUCUGGCAUGUCUAACAAUGGUGGAUUGGUGGUUGGAGAAGUUGCUGUUGGGGAGAUGUCGUCUUUGGAGAAAGCUGUUAAAGAAGCAAAAAGCAGCUAUGAAAACAUAGUGCUUGCACAAGCUACAGUAGAUGGUGCUAAAGUCGAGGGCAUUGACACCAACUUAGCUGUAAUGAAGGAACUCCUUUCUCCCAUUAUGCAAAUGUGGAAGUGGCUUACUUUUCUUCUCUACUGGGAAGAACCUCUUAAAUCUUUCAUGUUCUGUUCAGCCUCCACAUAUAUCAUAUGCAGAGGAUGGAUGAGCUAUAUGAUCGUGAUAUUGCUCAUCUGUGUUGUGCUUUUCAUGUUGCUUACCCGUUACUUUGGCCAAGGAAAGCCUGUUGACGAACUCAAGGUAUCAGCACCACCUGCGAUGAACGCAAUGGAACAGCUUUUGGCUGUUCAAAAUGCAAUUUCUCAAGCUGAAGAGUUAAUACAGGAUGGCAACAUUUUUCUUCUCAAAUGCCGUGCCUUACUAUUGUCCAUUUUCCCAAAGGCGACGGAGAGAUUCGCUGCUGCACUUUUGGUGGUGGCUUUGGUUGUUGCUUUUGUACCUAUUAAAUAUAUUGCCCUGUUGGUUUUCUUGGACACGUUUAGUAGAUACUCACCAAUUAGAAGAGCCAAUACAGAAAAAUGGAUGAGGAGAUUAAGGGAUUGGUGGUUUAGCAUACCUGCAGCCCCCGUCACUCUUGAGAGAACCAACGAAGAUAAGAAGAACAAGUAAUGCAAAUAUACUUUUACAUAUGCUCUCUUGACUGUAAAUUAUGUAACCAUGUUAUGUUCUAACCUCUUACUCCUUGAAAAUAAAUGCAUAUUGGCUUCAUCUGCUGCGAUGUGAGGAUUUUUUAACUAAUCCUCUAUACAGGUGCAUAAAAUGUCCUCAAUGCUAUUAUAAUUAACCAGACUCUAUCAACAUUCAGUAUGUGUAUUAUCGUUUGUAUGAUCUUGUUGUGGAUAUUAUUUCUUUAGUUCUUUUUAUUGAAGACUGUACCAAGUAUUUGGAUUGUCAUUGGAAUAAUCUCAGGAUGUGUUGCA